GGUAGUUUGUGUUCUUUUUCUGUUCAGUUGUUAAUUCAUCAGAUUCUCUUCGCUCUUGAAAAAAUAAAUAAAUAAAUAAAACCAAAAAAGAAUCUCUUUUGAGAUCCAACAAUUACAAUGUCAAAUUUCCCUUAAAUCUAUCCUCUUUGUCAAAUUUAGGGUUUUCCUCUCUCUAUUUUUUCUGUUAUCCCUAAUCCCUCUCUAAAUUACCACUGAUUCCGCUCUCUCCUCACUCAAUUCCUUUUCCACUUUUCGAUUUUUAAGUUCCCAGAUUCGAUUCAGCUUGAAAGUUCGUUUCUUGAACCAGAUCAAAGCUUGAUUUGAGACUAAUUUUAGUGAAUUGUUUGUGGGGUUUUGGUUUCUCUUUGGUGUUUGAAUUGCUCAAUAGAAGGAGCUGUGAUUUGUGUUGCAUGUAGGGAAUUCUUGAGUUUUGAGCUCAAAUUCAGUGCCUUUGCGUUGAAUGUUAAUAACGAGAUUAAUAAAGGUUUGGUUUUGAUAAGUUUUAGGGUCUGGUUUUUGAUUUGGUGGUACUCCAUGUGUAAGAAGUCAGGGGUCCUCUGCUAGAUUGUGGAGGAUCCCUAUUGGUUGGUGUACUAUUUUUCCUAAUUAGUAUAUUUGAAGAGGGUACUGUUAGCAAUUAGUUUAUUUGGAUUUUUUUUAGACAAAUCUAUAAGGGUUUUGCAUAAUUUACAUUUUGUGUGUUAGUAUUGAUUAUUGGGUAAUAUUUACAUAAGUUAUUGUCUGGAGGGAAAUGUUUGGUUCUGGUCAAGAUACUGGUCAUGGUAGUACUGGAGUGCUUCCUUUGCGCUUUGUAUGGCCUUAUGGGGGGAGGAGUGUGUUUCUGAGUGGCACCUUCACUGGAUGGACUGAUCACAUACCCAUGUCCCCUGUGGAGGGUUGCCCCACUGUUUUUCAAGUUAUCUGCAGCUUAACCCCAGGAUAUCAUCAGUACAAGUUUUUUGUUGAUGGAGAAUGGCGAUAUGAUGAGCACCAGCCCUCUGUCAGUGGGAAUUAUGGGGUAGUAAAUACUGUUUUCUUACCUAGGGAACCAAAUAUGGUUCCACCAAUUCCUAAUUCUGAGACAGCUGGAUCGAAUAUGGAGCUGGAUGAAGUUUUUUUGCGUCCGGAAGUAUCCCCAAGGGGAUCAGAGGCGGAUUUGGAGGUCUCUCGACAUCGUUUUUCUGCUUUCUUGUCUACACAUACUGCAUAUGAGCUACUUCCAGAGUCAGGCAAGGUUAUUGCCUUGGAUGUUAAUUUACCAGUUAAGCAAGCAUUUCACGUUCUAUAUGAACAGGGUGUCCCUCUGGCUCCUCUGUGGGACUUUUGUAAGGGCCAGUUUGUUGGAGUUCUUAGUGCCUUGGACUUCAUCUUGAUUUUGAGGGAGCUUGGGAAUCAUGGAUCUAAUUUGACAGAGGAAGAAUUAGAGACGCAUACUAUAUCAGCUUGGAAGGAGGGUAAAUUACAUCUUAACCGACAGAUUGAUGGUGAUGGGAGAGCAUAUCCAAGAAGUCUCAUCCAUGCUGGGCCGUAUGAUUCUCUGAAAGAUGUUGCUUUAAAAAUUUUGCAAAACAAUGUGUCAACAAUUCCCAUUAUUCACUCUUCUUCACGAGAUGGUUCAUUUCCACAGCUUCUGCAUCUUGCUUCUCUGUCUGGAAUUCUAAAAUGCAUAUGCAGGCAUUUUAGACACUCUGCCAGCUCUUUGCCUGUUCUUCAACAGCCAAUCUGUUCGAUUCCUCUAGGUACAUGGGUUCCAAAAAUAGGGGAAUCAAAUGUACGGCCGUUUGCCAUGUUGCGUCCUAAUGCUUCCCUUGGUGAUGCACUAUCUCUGUUAGUUCAGGCUGAAGUCAGUUCAAUACCUAUAGUAGAUGAUAAUGAUUCACUCCUUGAUAUAUAUUCACGAAGUGACAUUACUGCUUUAGCAAAAGAUAAAGCUUAUGCUCAGAUUCAUCUUGAUAAAAUCAGUAUUCAUCAGGCAUUGCAAUUGGGACAAGAUGCAAAUUCGCCAUAUGGAUUCUUCAAUGGACAGAGAUGUCAGAUGUGUUUGGGAUCCGAUCCUCUACACAAAGUGAUGGAGCGGUUGGCAAAUCCUGGGGUAAGGAGACUGUUAAUUGUAGAGGCUGGCAGCAAACGUGUAGAAGGGGUCAUUUCAGUGAGUGAUGUGUUCAAGUUUCUGCUUGCUUAGCUCAGACAUAACCAUGAUCCAAGUGAAAUUGUUUGGUUUGGUAACUCUGGAGAAGGUUCAUUUCUUUCAUAUUUGUUCUGUUAAGUCUCUUCACUGGAAGGGCCUCAUGCUUAUGAGCCCUGCCACCCUCCUAGGGUAGAAAAAUUCAGAGAGCAAAAAAGAAUUUGUAAAUUGAGAGUAUUCAAAUUUUCCCCCUUUAACCAAAUUAUCAAGUCAAUUGUGCUCCUGGAGCAGCUGCCAGCUGCCGUGUUUAGUGCUAACAGAAAAUGAGGCUUAAAGUACAGUAAUCUGCACAUGCUAUUGGUGGGAUGCGCAUUAUCAGCUUAUAAAUUCUACCGCAGGAUUACUCUUAUUGAUUAAUAUCCCUGCCUAAGUUCAAUGUUCCAGUGAUCUUGUAAUUCUUCAAAUUAUUAAAUGUAUAUCAUAUUGCGUAUAGGAACAACGAAAUUGAAUUUGCUCUCUUGGUGCAAAAGAGCCAUCUCAAAGACUUGCGAGCUUGUUUACUACUA